CGCCUACAGGUCUUUGUGCAGAGAAAGCAGCACUGCUCGUCAUUCCUGCAGUGUGCAAUCUGGCAGCGGCUCCUGAGAGAGAGAUUGCAAAAGUCCAAGGAAGCUGCAGAGCACCGACACCCAGCGAGGAUACACAGGACUACACUUAUUCCCCCCACCUCCCUCCCUUUCUCCACUCUGCGCUCAGCAUUAUCAAACUGCUGGGGUUGUAGGCAGGCUCACCAUCUUCCCACUUGCCGGUGAGAAGAAACUUCAAGAAGCUCAUCUACUUUUCAUCCUGAACCAGGAUGCCUGAGCUGGGACAGACAUGGACGAGGCUGAUCUGCUUCUCGCUGCUGUGCCUGUGUCUCAGCCUGCCGAGGGAAUCGGACGCCAGGAGAGCCCCCAAGAUCCCCCGCUGUCCUUCGACCUGCUCCUGCACCAAAGACAGUGCCUUCUGUGUGGAUACCAGGGCUAUUCCAAAGAGUUUCCCCCCUGGAAUCAUCUCUCUGACGAUGGUGAACGCAGCCUUUACUACGAUCCCAGAGGGAGCUUUCUCGCACCUUCACCUGCUGCAGUUCCUGCUCUUGAACUCCAACACAUUCACCAUGAUUGCUGAUGAUGCCUUUGCUGGUCUGUCUCACCUGCAGUACCUGUUCAUUGAGAAUAAUGACAUCCAGGCUCUCUCAAAGUACACCCUCAGAGGACUUAAAUCCUUGACUCAUCUAUCUCUCUCAAACAACAACCUGCAGCAGCUGCCAAGAGAUCUCUUCAAACAUCUAGACAUCCUCACAGAUUUAGACCUGCGUGGUAACUCUUUCCGCUGUGACUGUAAAAUCAAAUGGCUGGUGGACUGGAUGGAGAAGACCAACACUUCUGUCCCUGCUAUCUACUGCGCCAGCCCCUUUGAGUUUCAGGGACGCAGAAUCCACGACCUCACACCGCGAGACUUCAACUGUAUCAGCGCAGAUUUUGCUGUCUAUGAAACCUUCCCUUUCCACUCGGUGUCGGUGGAGUCCUAUGAGUUCAAUGAUGAUCAGUUUGCGGUCUUUGCUCAGCCGGACUCAGGGUUUUGCACCUUGUUUGUGUGGGAUCAUGUGGAGAUGGUGUUCAGGCUGUUUCAUAACAUUACCUCUCGCUCUGCUGUGUACUGCAAACCAGUGGUGAUAAGCAACAAUCUUUACAUGGUUGUUGCCCAACUUUUUGGUGGAUCUCAUAUCUACAAGUGGGAAGAGGACCCCCAGCGCUUUAUAAAGAUCCAAGACAUUGACACCACUCGUGUGAGGAAGCCCAACUUCGUAGACACCUUCCAGCUGGAUGACGAGUGGUACUUUGUGGUAGCAGACAGCUCCAAGGCAGGCUCCACCAGCAUUUAUCGCUGGAACAGCAACGGUUUCUACACCCACCAGUCCCUCCAUCCCUGGCACCGGGACACCCAUGUGGAGUUCCUUGAUGUUGGGGGAAAGCCUCACCUGAUCCUCUCCAGCGCCUCUCAGCCACCGGUGGUUUAUCAGUGGGACCGCGGCCAGAAGCAGUUUGCAUUCUUCUCCCAAAUCACAGAGCUAGCAGAUGUGCAGAUGGUUAAGCACUUCUGGGUGAGGAAAGUUCUUUACCUUUGCCUCACACGCUUCAUCGGUGACUCCAAGAUCCUCCGCUGGGAAGGGCAGCGCUUCAUAGAGAUCCAGACUCUUCCCUCUCGGGGCUCAAUGGCAGUCUAUCCUUUCACAGUGGGCCUCCGCCAGUACCUCAUUCUUGGAAGUGAUUUCUCCUUCUCCAGAGUUUACCUGUGGGAUGACCUCACUCAGCGCUUCCAGCCCUUCCAGGAGCUCAACAUGAGAGCCCCACGAGCGUUCAGCUUGGUUUCUGUCGACAACAAGGACAUGCUGCUGGCUGCCAGCUUCAAAGGCAACACCCUGGCCUACCAGCACCUGGUGGUGGAUCUCAGUGCCAAGUAGACAUGCUACAGUCAGAGCGACAGGAGGUGUUUCUGAGCAUUUAUCAACAUGUGCCAAAUAAAUGAAAGACUGUAAAAUGUUAAAGCCAUGUAACUAAAAGUCUACUGUUUUACCUGAUGAUAUAAGCUAGGCAACUAAAUAAAUUAUUCAUCUAUUUGUAUGCACUAUCCCUUAACAUCUGAAUGAAAUAAUGUGAUAAUUGAAACGUCAGUAACAUACCAACAUAAGUGUCAUGUCACGGUCAUAUUACUGCUUUUUUUUUCUGAUAUUCAUAUAUCCAGGUAAAUUAUUUUCCAAAAGUAUGAUAUUGUAUACUGCACUUUACUAAUACGAAAAUGAUGUGCAUGUGCAUCCAAAGAAUUAUUCACUGAAUGAGACCGGAUAUUGUUGCUAUGAAAGAUUUGUAAGUUACACAGCGUAGUUUAUCUGUGUAGCAUUUUGCAUGGCACGGUACAAAUUACAUAACUAUGUAAAACAAGCAAUACUUACCAUUUUAAUACCUACAAAUCAUCAAUUAUGUAUGCAUUUGUAAAUUAGGUACCUUACUUUUUUUUAUGUGAUGUUCAAUUCCGCAAUAAUAACAAGGGAUCAGAGCUGACCUGAAGCAUGAGCAAAUUAAGCGGGGGACCCCAAACUGUACUGAAAGUGUGGGCGUACUUAUUCCCUUUAGUAUUUAAGUUUGAGAAAAUACAUUAUUUUCAUUUUGUAAUUGUUAUCAAUUCCCUAAAUGGUUGUCAAUUGAGGUGACAAGAUCAGCCAUGAAGAUCAGAUAAUUGUAAGUGAUAAAAAACCCUUGUAUCAGUUCCUAUGUUUUUGUAAUGUACAUUCACAAACCGUAUGUAAUUGUUGUUGUGUACAUUUCUUUGCAAAUGAA